GGGAGUUCAUGGCAGGCCUCUCGGGAGGAGGAGACAGCCCACUUGACGUUCCCAGUGAGCUGCUCUGUUCCGCUUUGGGCCUGCUGCACCUAGAGGGCCCACCUGGGAGGCCCCAGUCUCUUGUGAAUCAGGAGGCUGAACUCUCUUAACGGGCUGGUCCAGGGUGGUGGUCAGCCGGCUCAGGGAUCCAAGGCACCAGCUGGAUGGACCCUCUCGGCUUUCUCCACGGAAGCAGGGAAGCAGGCGCUUGAGGCCUCAGGCUAACGCUGACCCCAAGCCACUCCUCACCUGGGCAGGAUGAGAGUAUCAGGUCUGCUUCGCAUCCUGGCCGUCAUCUUUGUCCUGUUCACCUCAUGGAUCUUUUUUUGGGGCUAUCUCAGCUUCAGCAUGAAAACCGUCCGUCUGCCACGCUGGCUGGGGGCAGUCUCCAAGAAGACCAGGGUCGUGAAGACCAGGUGUAACCUCAGCAAGCCCUGCCCAGACAACUACUUUGCGUUUAAAAUCUGCAGCGGGGCCGCCAACGUCGUGGGCCCCUCCAUAUGCUUCGAAGACCACAUGAUCAUGAGUCCUGUGAAAAACAACGUGGGCAGAGGCCUGAAUAUCGCCCUGGUGAACGGAACCACGGGAAUGGUGCUGAAACACGACCAUUUCGACAUGUACUCUGGAGAUGUUCAGCUCCUGGAGAAAUUCCUUAAAGAAAUUACAGAGGGCAUGCUGGUACUAGUGGCCUCCUAUGAUGACCCGGGGACCAAAAUGAAUGAUGAAAUCAGGAAGCUCUUCUCCCAGAUGGGCAGCUCCCACGCAAACCAACUGGGCUUCCGGGACAGCUGGGUCUUCUUAGGGGCCAGAGGCAUCAAGAAUAAUAGCCCCUUUGAGCAGGUGGGUUCCUGGUGGCCUCCCCAUCCCUGGCGGCGGGGAGGGGAACAGUGCCAGGGAUGAAUGGACAAGGACUGUGGUGGUGGCAUGGGAAGGACACAAAGGGCAGUGUGGGGAGGGCCACCUAGCUGUCAUCCACCCCAGAGAUCAGGGUGACCUGACUGGCUAACCCCCAGCAGGAAGCGGCCUUGACCAUUUUGCAAGGACCUAUACAAGAGGAUG